AUUUAAUAAAUAUCGCUUUACAUUUGAGAAAAUUUACAAGAUUUUUUAUAAAAUCUACGUUAAUUCGAAGAAGAGUAUGCCUGUACGUGAAAUAAGUGAUGAUAAUCACUUUGAAUUGGAAUUGGCUGAUGCUGGACGACGUUUAGUAGUCGUUGAUUUCUCGGCAUCUUGGUGUGGCCCGUGUCAAUUGAUUGCUCCGCAUUUUCAAUUGCUUCCCGAAAUAUAUCCAAAUGUUAUAUUUCUUAAAGUGGAUGUCGACAAGUGUGAAGAUACUGCACUUAAUCAAGGACUUACCGCCAUACCAACAUUCAUGUUUUUCAAAAAUAAGAAAAAAAUUGAUAAAAUUCAAGGAAUUGAUAUUAAUGCCUUAGCCGAAAAGAUCUUGGAAUAUGCUGAGGUAAGUGAAGGCGAUGAAGUUGAAGAACCAAAAGCUACCACAGAUCUGGAAGACUACGGUGAAGGCCUAAUGAAUUUGAACAGCUUUAUAUCGGAAGAAGAAAGCGAAUGUAUUAACGAGUCAGAUAGUCAUCCAUUCCGUCAGUGUCUUAUUUCCGAUACCGGCUAUUUACAAUCAGACUUCGAUGAACAAUUAAUUAUAUCGGUAACGUUUAAGCAAGCGGUUAAAAUACAUUCUUUAAAACUUAAAGCUCCAGCACAAAUGGGACCCAAGGAAAUUAAGCUCUUCGUAAAUCAACCACGUAUCCUUGACUUUGUCAGAGCCGAACAUAUGGACAGCGUACAAGACUUGCUUAUAAAUCCAAAAGAUUUAGAAAAGGGUACACCCGUUAAUUUGAUCUAUGUUAAGUUUCAGGGUGUACGAAACAUACAAUUGUUUAUAAAGAAUAAUCAAUCUGAUGGUGUUAUUACCCAAAUAGAUUAUAUGGCCUUCAUUGGUAGCCCCUUAAUGCCGCUAACAUGAAUUUUAAUGGCACUACAAACCCUACCUAAAUUUAAGAUUUAAAAGCAAUACAAAUAUCCCGGAAAGUACCCGCUCUGAGAUGGGCUUAACAAAGAAAAAAGAAAUUGGAAAAUAUAAAAAUGCUCAAAAAUAUCCAAAAAAAAUGGAAGUUAUUGGACUUAUGAAAAAGCAGAAUCUGAAGUGGCUGCUUUGAAUUGCCGGAUUCAAUUGCUCGAAUAUAUUUUUCAGAAAGUUCAGAAGAGGAUUUGCUUACUCUGCGGUGUUGCCAAAUUGCCAAAGCUCUUGGCAAAAGGAAUUGUCAAGAAAUGGGCUUUACUUCAGAAAAAAAAAAAAUUUGGAUUCAAAAUUGAAAGAAGCUUUAUAUGAAAAUUGGCUCCAGCGGAAGGGCCAAAGAUGAUUUCGUGAAGGAAGUAAGCCACUGCGAGCAGAAACUCUGUAAAACAAUAUCUAAAAUGUGUACAGAAUUCCUAAAAAGAAGAUAAUUCAAGAGGUAAAAAAGCAGCUUUUCUUCAAAUUAUGCGCACUUUUCCUUUCUUAACUCAUUCUCUCUUUUCUCCUGCAGUUGGCUUUACGGCUUUGGGUUUUAUCAGUCGUAUCAUCCUCCACGCUUGUACUAUUUUUAAUAGAGUUUCAUUUUGGUACCUUCCUCAGUAGCUAGAGAAGGUUUAAGAGCGUCUAGCCAAAGCCGAAAACAAACAUUUUUUUCUAGUCGCUCAAAAGCUUCUUGCGAUCGUUCUAAGCCGUUACUUCAGAUUCUCGCUCGUUUUACAUAAACAAUUUCUAAUUUUUCAAGUAUUUGUAAGUUCCCGGUGUUGAUUUUUAUAUUCUUCGAUUUCCCCAUAAAGUAGAUAAACUUUUUUAAAUCGCAACCAAAAAUGUGCCUUCCGGAAUAUUAGUUGUUAUAUUUACAUAU